AUGGAGAAGGAAUCCGAACUAGCAAAUGGGGAAAAUGUGAACCAAGGAGUUUGUGAAUUAUCCUCCCCAACGCCACCCAUUCCCAUACCGCUGUCUCCAGAAGAAUAUCGUAAAUUGAUCUGGAAAAUCGAUCUUCAUGUUUUGCCAGCUUUGUUUACUCUUUGGAUAGUCGCCGUCGUUGAUCGAGGCAACAUUGGAAGCGCCAACAUCUUCGGCAUUCAGGAGGAUCUCCAUAUGCAAGGGAACAAUUUCAACAUGGCUCUCCUCAUCGUUGUCAUUUGUUUUAUUGUCUUCGAUAUUCCGUGCAAUGCAUUACUAAAAGCUAGCACACCACAAAUCGUUAUUACUGGCGAAACUUUCCUUCUAGGAAUAGUGGCUAUUGGAGAGGGACUUGUCACAAAUCUUGCUGGGUUCUAUGCCAUGCGUUUCUUUGUAGGAUUAUUCGAAACAGGACUCAUACCAGGAAGUGUCUUUAUCCUGAGUCAAUAUUAUCCUCGGUAUGAAAUUCUAUGGAGAUUGAGUAUGUUGAUGGUUGGCAAUGCUCUUGGAACCGCAUUUGCUGGACUACUUGCAUUUGCUAUUGCUGGUAUCAAUACUUCCACUGGGUAUAAUGGCUGGAGAUGGAUCUUCAUCAUUGAAGGGUGCAUUACUGUUGCAGUGGCAGUUGUUGCCUAUCCAUUCAUGCCAAAGUGGCCGCAUCAGGCAGAAUGGAUGUCCGAUGAUGAAAAGACUUUCCUCGCUGAUGCAAUCAAGCAAGGAGGGAUUGUUGAACCGAAGGGCGAGAAAUUAGAUAUACACAGACUCAUUGGGGUUUUAAAAGACUGGAAGAUAUAUGUAGCUGGCAUACUUCUCGCAUUUACAAUUAUGACGUCUGCUAGCGUCGGGAUAUUUACACCAACUAUUGUUUCAGGCAUUUCUGCUCAUCAGGAUCCUCGCCACGUACAGGUUCUCUGUAUUCCGGUUUUUGUGGCAGCAGCAGUAUCUUCAUUGCUAGCUUCAUUCUUAUCAGAUUAUUUCAAACAUCGUACAGGAUUCGCUCUCUUUGGAUACGUUAUGAUCAUAGCCGGUGCUAUAAUCUUACUUAAUCAAGAGAAUGUCAGUGCGCAUACCAGAUAUGGAGCGGUCUAUCUCCUGGCUUGUGGAAUCUACAUCGCUGUACCAAUAAUAUGGACGAUUCUACCAAACAACGUUGCUGGAACGUACAAGACGGGAAUUGCGAUAGCGAUUCAGGUCAGCAUUGGGAAUUUGGGGGGUAUAGCUUCAACUCUUUGCUUUGCAAGUACUAAGGCACCAUCUUUCGUCUUGGGAUAUACAACUAUUGUGUGGAUGACUUGUUGUGCUGCGGUUCUCUUAAUCUUAUAUGCAUUCGUUUUGUGGAUGGAAAAUAGGGCUAGAGCAGCUGGCAAAAGGGAUUAUCUGUUAGAGAGGGAAGAUGCCGACACGCUCGGGGAUAUGCACCCUUCCUUCAGUUGCCCAAUUCGCGGGUAUCUCAACGUACUUGGAUACGGUUCACAUCCAAUACGUGCUUCAGCUCCGGCUACUGAACGUUUCGAAUCCCUCAUCUCAUUUUCUCUCCUGUUUUUUCCAUUGUUCGUAUCACAAAUCAAAGCCCCAUCUCCAGCUGCAAUAUCUAUUCCGACGAUCAUGGCGAGCUCUACCACAGCUCGGCCGGCCCCCUUCCCAUGCGAGCCUCUCCACAUAGCCAUAAUCGGCGCCGGCCUCACAGGCCUCACCCUCGCUCUCUCCAUCUCCGCUCUUCCACUCCACCAGCGUUCUCACCUCCACUACACCAUCUACGAAUCGCACCAGCACUAUUCCGAAAUCGGCGCCGGCAUUGGAUUUGGCGCUAGCGGGCACCGAAUCAUGAAACUCCUCCACCCCGAAUUCUGGGAAAACUACAAAGCGAUUGCGAAUUGGGGCGACGACGACGUAUGGUGGGAUUUUGUCGUCGGCGACAAAGUCGGGAAUUCACAAGGAAUAGUCGAUGGGAAAUGGGAAGGGAAACGAAUCGCACAGGUACGCAUGAAAGAGGGGAGAGAAGGUCAAAGUACCGCGCAUCGAAGAUCUUUGAUGGAUAUUUUAAUCAAACUUCUUCCUUCUUCGUGCGAUGUUCGGUUUGGGAAACGUUUGACGGGGAUUGUAUCAUCUGCUUCUGAUUCGAAUCAUCCAAAUUGCAAAGUAACCCUCCAAUUCCAAGACGGCACAACUUCAACCGCCGACCUCGUAAUCGGCGCCGACGGCGUCAAAUCACUCUGUCGGGAUAUAGUGCUCGCACCGAUUUGCAAUCCCGAAGCGCUCAAAGCGCGUUUUACGGGGAAAAUAGCAUAUAGAGGAUUAGUACCGAUGGAAGAGGCUAAAGCGAGGAUAGGAGAGAAAGCGGGUCAGAGGAUGUUUUAUUUGGGACAUGGGGGACAUGUGGUUUCGUUUCCGGUGGAGGGAGGGAAGAGUAUGAAUAUUGUUGCGUUUGCGAAUCGGGGGGAGGGGGCUUGGGAGGGGGGUUGGGUGAGGGAGAAUGUGGGGGUGGAGUUGGAGAAGGAUUAUUUGGACGGUAGGUGGGGGGGUGAUGUGGAGGGGAUCAUGAGGCUCAUCAAAUCUCCCUCCUACUGGGCGACAUUCUAUCACCCCCCCGCUCCGACCUUCCACCAUCCCACUCUACCCAUCCUUCUCAUCGGCGAUGCUGCGCACACCACUGCUCCGCAUUUCGGACAAGGCGCUGGGCUUGGUAUCGAAGACGUAUACAUCCUCACGAAACUCCUCUCACACCUCCCCACCACUCACUCUUCCACACUCAGCACAAAUCUCCACGCUAUCUUCACAGCCUACACACAAAUUCGACAACCGCGUGCUACCACCGCCGUAUCUACUGCUAACUAUUAUGGCCGCAUGCUUGAUAUGGAAGAUCCGGUUAUAUCUGAUGAUCUUUCGCUUAUAGGAGAGAAAGUAAGGGGGAUAGCGGAGACGAUUUGGGGAUAUGAUGAGAUUGGGGAGGGGGAAAGAGCGGUAGAGAUCAUGAAGGGAAUUUUGGGGGAGGAUAAGAUGGGGGAUGCGAGAAUGGGGCGUGAUGUUGAGGGAGUGCGGUAG